UAAAUUCUUUCUUUGAUGUUCUUGUUUUAUCAAAUUACACCUUUCUUGUUCUUUAUUUCAAACUUGUGCCACCGAACCUGAUGUUUUUCUAAUUUGAUCUAAAUGGGUUGGUGGGUCGGUGUUAGGACAGUGACAGAGAACUAGUUACAUGGAGUUUUAGACUUAUGCAGGCUUAUGGAGUUUCUUGAAGUUGCCGUUUCAAAACAACUUUCUUUUCUUGCUUAUGGACUUUCUUGAAGUCAUCAAUUUAAAAGUAGAAUAUCUACUUUUGAUAUUUAUAAUACAUAUUAAUGCAGCCUCUGAGGUUUCUUAUAAUUGUUGCUUUUGAAGUGCCUUUCUUUUAUCUGAUGAAUUGUCGACUGAAAGUACUUGUGUUGGGUUUCAGAUAGUAAUUGUCUGUUGUUACCAAUUUUGGUUUACUUCAAGUUUCGUUGAGAUAGAUAAUGGAAUGAUGGGGAAGCAAGGAUCCCCAAGAAGUCAUCGUCCAAACUUAUCAUUUGGGACUAUAGAUUAUCAAAUAAGAAGUUUAGAGAGUUUGCCAAGCAGUGACCCUUCCAUUGGAAGGAGAUUUUCAGGAGGAGAAAACAAUUGGAAAAAUAAAGUUGCAUUGCUUGACGGUUUGAAAAAUGAGUACGGGAAACUUGGUUCCAAGGGUAUUUAUAUUGGAAAAAGGCAUAUAUGGUUUCGUAAGCAUGCUAAGUCGAUAAUUUUUAUGUUUGCAUUGCUGUGUUUUCUUUUCCUACUUGAUUCUCUCAUGGUAUCAAUUUUUGAUUCAAUAAAUGUUCAAGUUGGUUCAAGCUCAAGAAAAUCAAGUCGUUUUAAGGAGGAAAGGAUUGCCUAUAAUAGUGAAGAAAAACCACCAGUCCAGAUGUACAGUAGACUCCUAAACUUGGCUUCCAGUGCCCUUGCAGAGAAAGAGUUCAAGCGAGAGAAAUCAAAUUUCUGGGAGGAGCCGUACCAGAAGGCAUCUGUAUGGAAGCCUUGUGCAGAUAAGAGGAUUUCAGAAGAAUCAGCAAAACAUGAGAAAAGCAAUGGUUAUAUAAUGGUCAGUGCAAAUGGUGGUCUCAAUCAACAAAGAGUUGCUAUAUGCAAUGCUGUUGCCUUGGCAUCCUUACUUAAUGCAACUCUAGUUCUUCCCAGAUUUCUUUACAGCAAUGUAUGGAAGGAUCCUAGUCAAUUUAGGGAUAUCUACCAGGAGGAGCACUUUAUGAAGAUCAUGAAGGAUGAAGUUGAUAUCAUAAAGGAGCUGCCUUCUCAUUUGAAAGACUUGGACUUUGAAGCAAUUGGUAGCUUAAUCACUGAUGCUGAUAUAGCGAAGGAGGCAAAACCCACUGAUUACCUUGAGAAAGUGCUUCCUCUCCUGCUGCAGAAUGGAGUUGUCCACUUGCUUGGAUUCGGAAAUCGUCUCGGCUUUGAUCCAAUGCCUUCUAAACUUCAGAGAUUAAGGUGCAAAUGUAACUUUCAUGCAUUAAAGUUUGUGCCAAAGAUUCAACAAAUGGGUUCAUUGUUGAUAAGAAGAAUAAGGAAAUAUGAUUCUGCGCACAGCAUGCUAGACAAACAACUGCUUGGAGAGUUUAUGCCUGGCAGUCCCUCGAAAAUGAAUUAUCAAACAAGCGGGCCAUCUAGAUAUCUUGCUUUACACUUGAGGUUUGAAGUAGACAUGAUUGCCUAUUCCUUAUGUGAAUUUGGAGGUGGAGAAGAUGAGAAAAAGGAACUUAAAGCCUACCGGGAAAGCCAUUUCCCUCUGCUUAUUGAACGAUUGAAAAACUCCAAGCCUAUCUCUGCAUCAGAACUAAGAAAGUUAGGAAGAUGCCCAUUGACACCAGAGGAAGCCGCACUUGUUCUUGCUGGCCUUGGGUUUAAACGUGGAACUUACAUCUACCUUGCUGGGUCACAUAUGUAUGGUGGAAAAUCUAGGAUGUAUCCUUUUACCAGCCUCUACCCAAAUUUAGUCACAAAGGAAACUCUCCUCACACCCAACGAACUUGCACCUUUUAGGAAUUUCUCUUCACAGAUGGCAGCAUUGGACUUUAUUGCUUGUGCAACUUCUGAUGUCUUUGCCAUGACUGAUUCUGGGAGCCAACUGUCAUCACUGGUGUCUGGUUUCCGGACUUAUUAUGGUAGUGGGCGUGCCCCCUCACUGCGGCCUAACAAGAAGAGGCUAGCAGCAAUUUUGUCAGAGAAUAGCACCAUAGCAUGGAACAGUUUCGAAGAUAGAGUAAGAAAGAUGAUUGAGGAAGGUCAAAGGGUGCGUGUAAGGGGUAUUGGUCGAAGCAUUUAUCGACAACCGAGGUGUCCAGAUUGUAUGUGUAAAUACCAGUAGCAUGUCCUUAGUUAUACAAUAUUUUUCAAGCCAAGGCAUUGUUUUGCUAUUCAUUUGCAUCAGCCAACCGAUGCUGAUUGGUUAGUGUCAUCAUUCAUUUGUUCAUUUAAAGUGUGAUGAUUUGUAUAUAAAAAAACAAAACAAACCCUUUUUAUUCGCUCA